UUGAAACCCCUCCUAAUCGUAUCUACUUCACUUAUCGAAUCUGAUUAAUGGGGGAGAAAUCGGCCUGGGUGGAGAGUCAUCUGGAUAUUGUGCUCGUACCAGCGGGAUUUCUGAUGUUGGUGAUCUAUCAUGGCUGUCUGCUUCACAAAAUCCUCACUCAUCCCCAGGCCACCUUCGUUGGCAUCAAUACAAUUCAUAGGCAGGCCUGGGUGCAAGCCAUCAUGAAGGAUGGGAUGAAGAAUGGAGUUCUAGCAGUGCAAACAAUAAGGAAUGGCAUAAUGGCGUCCACGCUUCUGGCCUCAACCGCCAUAACACUUUGCUCUGUGGUGGGAUUACUGGUGGGAAUGGGUGGAAGCCCUAAUGAACUGACUUUUUAUGGUAUGACGGGGCCCCUCACAUCUUCUGUCAAGUUUUUAGUCUUGUUAGGGUGUCUUCUGGUGGCGUUUCUUUGCCAUGUACAGUGUGUACGUUAUUACAGUGACGUCAGCUUCCUCAUAAUCACCCCUCCAGCUUCACCAGAAAUGGAGGACUUUCACGUAGAGUACGUAAGCAGUAUGUUCAAGAAAGGAGCUUAUUUUUGGUCAGUUGGAUUGAGGGCUUUUUACUUGUGUGUGCCUUUGUUUCUCUGGAAUUUUGGGCCCAUUCCAAUGUUUGUAGCGUCCUGCCUCUUGCUGGUUUUUCUGCAUUCUCUGGAUAGGCCAGGGGAAGAUUUGAGUGCAGUUCAUGAUAUCAAGAGCAGCAAGAGGACCAAGAAAAUUGGGCACUUGCCUUUCAUGCAUAGGGACGUUUCUUAAUAGUAAACUAUUGUUUGGGUGGUUUUGGUUGUGUGUAUCUGUUUUAGUAUCAAUGUUUUUUAUCAUAU